AUGAAUGCUGUUAAAAAUGAUUUGAUCGUCCGCUAUUCGGUGAGCUCUCAGUCGCUGUCUGCUGGCGUAGUUGUAGCUGAUUCUGAUCCUAAGACAAUGCUUAGGCUUGACAAGUUUUUCAUUGCUACAUUGUGUUCUUUUAAUUACCUUAAUCCAUCUUUCCUAGCCUUAUUCUUGCUAGAGAGAGCAUUUGGGUAG